AGAACAAAAAAGGGGCGGGGGGGGGAGCUCCCACAGGGAGGGGCAGUGUGUUCAGGACUCCAUGAGUCCUAAAAGCAUAAGACUGGGCAGUAUUGUGGACUGCCAGAUACAAGAUCUUGAGGGGGUGGAGUACAUCUUGAUUGCAAGGCUGGGAUUUGAACCUCCACUGUGGGCAGCAAGAGAUGCUAGAGGGCUUUAACAGGCAGAGCAGGUUAGCAUUGGUAAUUCCAAGAAUUGUCUCUGGCCAAGCAGUGCCAGAGACUGGGAGACCAUUCCAGAAGCCAAGCACACUGACCUUCCCAGAGUCAGAAGGACCUGGGUUUCUCUCCCACCUAGUUCUCCCUACCUCUGUGACUGGGACCAGUGACUCUACCUGCCGGUUCUGUCUCUUCACCCUUCAAAUGAUGACACUAAUUUUCGCGCCACUGCUCUGCUGCAAAAGUUAAAUAGAACGAUGAGCUGCAUGUCCUAACAACAUGCGGGGUGAUCUGCUGUAUGCAUUGCACCGUGCACAUCACAUUAGUUCAGCUGCGCUGACUGAAGAAGGGGGGACUCUGGUUAAGGACUCUGGUCCUUAACUCUGUUUCACCUCCUGCAGUGCCCUAGAUUUCCUGCACAGUUGGGCCCAUCAUUGUGCUCCUCCCUAAGCAAAGGAAGCUUUUUGCCCAUGACUUUCAUCACCUGGUUUAUCCUCUCACAUGGUCCAGGCCCCAGGUAGGCAAGGAGUUGGACACAGAUUUGUAGAGAGCCACAAACCAUGAGGUAGCAUAGUACCAGCAGCCAUGGGAGCCCAGAGAGAGGGGACUUUUUGUUGGACAAGGGGCAGGUUAUACUGGGAGGGCCUCCUGAGGCUUUCAGAUCAGGUAAGUGAGCAUUUGCAUGAGAGAAAAGAAAAGGAGGUACCUUUGUCAUCUUCCUCAGAGGGGAUAGCCUGUGCAAAGGCAGGGCCCCGAGGAAAGUGGUAGCCUUUAGGCGGGAAAGCUCUCUUGGUCUUAUAGGUUUAAUUGGGGAGCAGCGCUGGGGUCCUAGUCUGCACUCUGGCACCCAGCUUGGCUGGCAGGUGGAGACAGGGCCAGCAGGCAGGUGGCAGCAUGGGGACCAACUUAGGCAGGAUGAAGUGACUGCCUGGAGGAUGAGGGGGGAGUUUGCCCACUUGUCCCGGGGUAGCUGCUGAUGUGACAUCAAGUCUCUGUUCUGUCACAGGCAGCACAAGUGCUCUAGCCCGCUUUGGGCCCUGUGGGCUUCCAGCUCCCUUUCCUGAUUCCCUGGAAGAGUAGCCUCGCAGGACCCUAGACAUGGACUGAGAGAGUGCAAGGCCUUUAGGAAUGCGUUCUGGAUUCUUCUCCAUCUGGACCCCUACCACGCCUUAAGAUCUGCUGACUGAACCUCUUACCGUGAAGCUGGAGAAACUGAGGCUCAGAGAAAGGAGGAGACUUGGCUGAAGAUGGAAACACUGUGACAGAGCAGGGACCAAGACCCAGGGCUCCUGAGUGUCCUUUCAGCUUAUCACCAUGCACUGCCCCACCAUGCCGUGGGCCCUGCUGCUGCCCCUGCUGCCCCUGCUGGCUGUAAGUGGAGCUCAGACGACCCGGCCCUGCUUCCCCGGAUGCCAGUGUGAGGUGGAGACCUUCGGCCUCUUCGACAGCUUCAGCCUGACCCGGGUGGACUGCAGCAGCCUUGGUCCCCACAUCGUGCCCGUCCCCAUCCCUCUGGACACGGCGCACCUGGACCUCUCCUCCAACCGGCUAGACACGGUGAACGAGUCGGUGCUGGCCGGGCCGGGCUACACCACAUUGGCUGGCCUAUAUCUCAGCCACAACCUGCUCACCAGCAUCUCACCCACAGCCUUCUCCCGCCUCCGCUACCUGCAGUCACUGGACCUCAGCCACAACAGCCUGUGCACCCUGCCUGCCGAAGGCUUCACCAGUUCACCCUUGAGUGACGUGAACCUUAGCCACAACCGACUCCGGGAGGUCUCGUUGUCCGCCUUCCGUACCCACGGCCAGGGCCGAGCCCUGCAUGUGGACCUCUCCCACAACCUCCUGCACCGCCUCCUGCCUCCUCCUGCACGGGCUGGCCUGCCCAUGCCCACCAUUCAGAGCCUGAACCUGGCCUGGAACCGGCUCCACACUGUGCCCAGCCUCCAAGACCUGCCCCUGCGCUACCUGAGCUUGGACGGGAACCCUCUGACAGCCAUCCGCCCAGGGGCCUUUGCAGGGCUGGCAGGCCUCACACACCUGUCGCUGGCCAGCCUACAGGGUCUGCCCCAGCUGGUGCCCCAUGGCUUCCGUGAGCUACCGGGCCUGCAGGUCCUAGACCUGUCCAACAACCCCAGGCUCCAGUGGGCAGGAGCAGAGGUGUUCUCUGGCCUGGGCUCCCUGCAGGAGCUGGACCUGUCGGGCACAGGCCUGGCGCCCCUGCCCGAGCCACUGCUCCUCCAGCUCCCCUCACUGCAGAGCGUCAGCGUAGGCCAGGACGUGCGUUGCCGGCGCCUGGUGCGGGAGGGUGCUUACCCCCGACAGCCCGGCGCCAGCCCCAAGGUGGCCCUGCACUGCGUGGACCCGCAGCAGUCUGCUGCCAGGGCCCCUGACGUCUUGUGACACACAGUGCGGCCUGGGGCCAUAUGACAGACUGCUGUCCCAGGCCUGCUGAGGUCUAGGUACCUUCUGUUUCAGCGUGCCAGUGUCAGUGGGGGUGCUGCAGGCGUGGGUGAUGGCACCAUCGGGGCUGUGGGCCUGGGACUCACAGCCAGGAUUAGUUUUGCCCUGUUUAUGUGUCUGCCAAACUCUUGAGCAGAGGGACCUGGAUGCCAAACCAGACUGGUCUGUCCCUGCUACCCUUCCCCACUGGUCCCUCAAGUGCCUUCUCAUGCCUGGGCCAGCCUGACCUGUGACAGGAUGGUGGACAAGAGCCACCACUGCAGGGCAGAGUUCAGGCUUCCUGGGCCGAGUGUCCCUUUGGGCCCAAGGUCCAGUCCCUCAGGGGUGUGAGUUUCUUGCAGACACAGCCCCUUCCUUGCUCUGGGCCCCUGAGGUCCACUUCAUCCUUUUCUCUCCCUCCUAGAAUCCUGGGUCAAGCUUUAAUUAUAGAAGAGUCUGGAGGGAAAGCAGGCCACCCUCCUCAUGUGACAGAUGGGGAAACUGAGUCCUAGAGAAGGAGAAAAAUCACCGGAUGGCCUUCAGGGAGAGGCAUGGCAGGCCCAGUCUGGCUCCCAGCCGGGGCAGUGGCACCUACCUGUCUCGAGUCCCUCCUGCUCCCCUGCCUGGGCUCCUCCUGCUGGUAACUGCCCGUUCCCAGUCCUCUCGAGCAGCAGCAGCAGGACAGGCAGGGGCCUCAGAGGGCGAGUGUGGGCCCUCCUGUGAGCGAAGGGCUCAGUCAGGUCACCUGUCAGAGCCUCUGGGAGCCUAGUCCUGCAUUCUCUCUGAGCUGAGCUCUCAGCAUCAAGACUGGAAAUCAGCCCAUUUCCCCUGAGACUCUGCCUCCAGAUUGGAGCCCUGUCUGGCCUGGAGCUCUGAGGGCCUUUUGGACUCAGGCCGCCCUGGCCCUGAGCCCCGUAGCUCACCUCAAUCCCCCCAGCAGUGCUGCUGAAGAAGGCAGGGUCUCCCUACCCGUGUCUGUGCCCCACCCCAGGGUGGCAUCUCAGUUUCCCAGCCCUGGGUUCUUUCCUGGAUCUUUAUUUUAUAAAAGUUGUUGCCUUUUUGGUAGGCUGUCACUUUCAACUCCCAUUCUACCCCUGCUGGCAGGGGAUGGAAACACGACAUUUGUAAAAGAGGUGCAUUUGUUCA